UUAUCCAUGGUGUCCCACAAUCCUUUGCGCUAAACAAGAUGGCAGCUUCCAUGAGCUCCGGAAACUCAACAAAUGGCACCAGUUUAACACUGUAAUCUAAGUCGUCGAACAGGGUAUCGGUAUAUAUUUUAGCAUCAUGGGAAAGAAGAAGAAGAAUAAAACACCCAAACCAAUAGCGUGUGAAAGCAUUUCAGUGAAGAAGAAUGCGGAAGGCACCGAUGUACGAACAGUUGCCCCAAAGAAAUACAGGUUCCAAACGCCCGAUGGGGGAGCAGAUGCCAACACAACAGAAGACAAGAGUAUUGCCAAGGUCUUGUUACCGGCUAAGAUAGAGAAGGCAAUUGUAGAGGAGAUCCUGAGGCACAAGAAAUUGUCCGACGGCCUCGGACCUGUCUCCAAGAAGAUGUCGGCUAAGAAACUCACUGACCUCUACAUGGCAUUAUCUGACGUUGGUUUCAAGCAUGAGCAGAUCACAGCAGCUAUGAGUAACAAUCUUGGUCAGGGCGGUGACUUGCAUUCUGCACUGGACUGGCUGUGCCUCAACCUCCCAGAUAAUGAGUUACCAGCAGGAUUUGCUGGCACAUUCCUUGAGGAGGGGCGGGAGGACACCAAGGAAAAAGUCAGGAUGCCAUUCAGGGAGGAACAGAGAACAGAAGAUGCUGGGCAAAGGAAAAGGGAACCAGACCCCACUAAAGAGAAGGCAAAACCGAAGAGCCCCAAGGCUGAUGUGAAGAACUGGAUUUUGCAGUAUGCUGAAGCAUACAGUGAUGAGGAGGAGGAAGAACAGCUAGAACCCAUGCAGCAAGAGGAGGUCACUGAUCCAACGGAGUAUUACUUGAAGCUGACAGCUCAACUCUUGGACGCCAAGGCAGCUGCUAGUCUAGCCAAACAGGGCGGUGACAAGAAAUCACAGACAGAGGCAGGGAGGGAGAUUGCCAGGCUUACUAGAGAGAUGGCACAAGUCGAGGAGCAUCCAGACUUUGACCCGAGGGUUAAAGAAGUCUUUCGAGGGGACGAAGUGCGGGAGGAUGGUUCCGAAGAAGUGACGGCAGCUUCGUCUGAGAAAAGGAAAAAGAAGGAGAAGAGAAAACAGACACAGCAGGAGGAAGAGGAAGAUGUCGGGAUGUUCAAUCUCUUUGCAGAAGAACCAGCAUCAUCAUCAUCUUCUAAAACUGCUUCUACUAGUGCAACUCCCAAGCAAGACGUCCGUAGCUUUGCCUACAGCCAAAAGAACUGGACCGGCAAGUCCCCAAAACAGUUCUUGAUAGACUGGUGCCGGAAAAACCUCCCCAAAACUGCCGCUCCUAAGUACCACAAAACCGAGGUCCGAGGCAAUUGGAAGUGCAAGCUGAUCAUCGAUCGCAAGAAAGAACCACCGCUGAUCGUUAAGCCAGAUAUCUUGACGGAGACCACAAUGGAGGCACAGCAUGUGGCCAGUGUGCUGGCACUCUGGAACCUUGCCAAGACCACAUCUAUACAUCAACUACUGCCACCCCCAUAUAAAGAGUUGUGGUUGGAGUGGAGAGAUGCUGAAAAUAAAGCUAAGGAAGAAAUCAAGACAGAGGAAAACAAGCCCAGGGAUCAAUUUGUCGCUCAACUGCUCAAGAAGCUAAAACUACAAUCACCUUCAGAGGGAGCAAGCACCGACCAGGGUACAGCAGCCAAUAAUGAGGAGGUAGAGGAAUCCUGGGAAGAUCAUAUUGGGAAUGUGGAUGAAAGGCAGUCUACCUCAAAAGCUGCCCCAGGCAGUACAAGCAAGCCCACAGUUACUGGAGCAACGUUACGCACCAUAAUGCAACGAAGACAGAAAUCAGCCGCCUACCAUGAGAUGUUGGCAAUUCGCCAGGCCUUGCCUGUCUACCAGCAUCGAGACACCAUCUUGAAUCGCCUCAAGACCAGCCCGGUGGUCAUUGUGGCGGGAGAAACAGGCAGCGGGAAAAGCACCCAAGUGCCACAAUUUCUCCUCGAGGAUUUGGUCAUGUCAGGAGAGGCUAGCCGUGCCAGCAUCGUGUGUACUCAACCUAGGAGGAUAUCGGCCACCAGUCUGGCUAGAAGAGUAUCGCAGGAGAUGGCGGAAAAGGGGCCAGGCUCAAAGGAUUCCAUGUGCGGAUAUCAGAUCCGGAUGGAGUCCAAGCAAUGCCCCACCACAAGGCUCCUGUACUGCACCACGGGGGUGCUCCUACGCAAAUUACAACUGGAUCCCAAGUUGCAGGAUAUCAGUCACAUAAUAGUGGAUGAGGUCCACGAGCGCAGUGUGCAAUCAGACUUCUUGAUGGUCAUCCUCAAGAAUCUUCUGCUGCUGCGGCAUGAUCUUCGGGUGGUGCUGAUGAGUGCAACGGUAGAGAGUGCCAAGCUGUCAGCAUACUUCCAGCAUUGUCCGGUGGUCAGCAUUCCAGGCAGGACGUUCCCUGUACAGGUACAUCACAUAGAAGACGUGAUAGAGCAAACCAAGUAUGUACUAGACAGUGACUCCCCAUACGCUAUGAGGUUUGAGUCACUGGCACAGGAGGAACACACCACAGUGUCUGUUACUGGGAAGGCUGGACAGACGAAAGACAUCCAAGUAAGCUGGGAAACACAGGAUAUAUCUACUCUAGAUGAGAGCGGUCUGGACCCAGACUCCUACAGCAAAAGGACCAGGCAGGUGUUGACCAGACUAAACUGGGACCGAAUUAACAUGGAUCUCAUUAUGGAAUUAAUCUUCUUUCUGGGUGAAGACUCGUCCUACAGAAGUAUAGGUGGUGCUGUGUUAGUAUUCAUGCCUGGCCUAGCCAACAUUCAAGAACUUUACGAACUACUGCAGAGUGAUUCCAGAUUUCCGUCGAGCAAGUAUAGAAUACUGGCGCUACAUUCAGUCCUCUCCUCAGAGGAUCAGAGCUCGGCCUUUGAAAUACCGCCCUCUGGAGUUCGCAAGGUCGUCAUAGCGACCAACAUAGCGGAGACGGGGAUCACCAUUCCCGACGCGGUGUUUGUGAUCGACGCAGGGAAAGUGAAAGAAACAAGGUACAAUGAGAUGAGUCAACUGAGCGCUCUGGUGGAGACUCACAUCAGUAAGGCUAGCGCCAAGCAGAGACAGGGCCGAGCAGGCCGGGUCAGAGAGGGAUUCUGCUUCAGGCUCUACACCAAACAACAAUAUGAAUCUUUCAAGUCCUAUUCCCCUCCUGAGAUUCUGCGAGUUCCCCUCGAAGAUCUGUGCCUUCACAUUAUGAAAUGUGAUCUCGGAUCACCAGAAGACUUUUUACAUCAGUGCCUGGAUGCUCCCCAAGUCAACACAGUACGGGCCGCCAUGAACCUCUUGAGAGAGGUAGGGGCAUGUAAGGCUGAGGUCCCUACCCUGACACCCCUGGGGGAGCACCUGGCUGCAUUACCCGUCAACGUCAGGGUGGGCAAGAUGCUACUGUUUGCUGCUGUCUUUGGCUGUCUGGAGCCUGUGGCCGUGAUAGCCGCAGCCAUGACAGACAAGCAGCCCUUCAUUGUACCCAUGGGUAAAAGACAACAGGCAGACGCAGCCAAGAAAGCCUUAGCCAUUGCCAACUCGGACCACAUCACUGUCUACAAGGUCUAUGCUGGCUGGGAAGAGGCUAUAGAUCGAGGGAGAGUUGCUGAGACGUCCUACUGCUACCAUAACUUUCUCAGUAGAACCACACUGCUGUCAAUUAAGGAUGUUAAGAAUGAUCUGAUUAGGUUAAUCCAGUCCAUCGGCUUUGACGACGGUCUCAAGACUAACUCAGAGCCUUCCGGGGAUGCAAAGGGUUCCUCGCACAGCCACGUUCACACUCCCGGCGACGUGUUGGAAAUCAGCAAGUUCCGGGCCAAGGGUCCGAAAUUCCCACUGACAACCGGGAACCUGGCUCUCCUAAAAGCCGUACUGACGGCCGGGCUGUACCCCAACGUAGCCAAAACGUCUUACAAGAAACGAAUGGAGGGAGCCCCGGAGUCCAAGAAGAUCUGUUUGGCGGAGACAACUAAAGGCAGCGUGGCAGUCCAUCCGGCCUCAGUCAACCGAGAACUACUGACCAAUGGCUGGCUGCUGUACAUAGAAAAGGUGAAGCUGUCCCGUGUGUUCAUCAGAGACAACACCCUAGUCUCCGCAUACCCAUUGUUGCUGUUUGGCGGUGCUUUGGCCGUUCAGCACAGAGAGAAACUCAUCACUGUCGAUGAAUGGAUCAAAUUCCAGGCUCCCGCCAAAACGGCGGUCAUCUUCAAAGAGUUGCGCAAUCUACUGAGCUCAAUCCUCGUCAAGAAACUCUCCCACCCAGGCCUAAAGAUACAAGAUGAAAAGGUGAUCCAGCUGAUGAUGGAACUCAUCCAGUCAGAGAGCUAAUCCACCUGAUGCCUCUUCAAGAAACCGCCUGCUUCCAGAACGUCUUAUUAUGUGCUAAGGAUUUUUCUCGAAGUUUGGUGGUACAGUAAACUCCGGCUAAACCGACAUCGUAUAAACUGUCAUAUCGCUUAAAUCGGCCGUCUGACGAAAGUCCCGAUUGUCUCUAAUGCAUUUCCAUUGACGUUUUCAUUUCUAAGUCAGCCUUUGUAAGCCGCCAUUUCGCCUAUGUUGGCGUGUUACUUUCAGUCCCAUUUCCUCAAAACCACAAAAAUUCCUCUGUAUAAGUCGGCAUCGUGCUCUGCGGUUUGCAAGAAGUGUCGAGUGAAAAGUCCCACACACUGCUAACUGACAUCUGUUUAUCAAUGGCAUGGCCCGUGAUUGAUGCAUCGGCCAGCACGUGUACACUAAUCGCACGUGUACACUGUUUCAUGCACAGUCUGUACAUUGUGCGCAUCGUUCACUUACACGUGCGCGAUCAAAAAGGGGUUUUCCCGAUAGCACAUCAAUACCAGUACCCCCUCUCGACUGCACGCAUGCUCUCUGUUCAUUUUUGGGGUCCCCUUAUUGUACCAGUACCGUGCACACAUUUAAUUCGUGACUGUACACGUAUGUAUGUAUGUGCACAAU